AUGGCAGAGGAUAUAGAUAAGUAUCUUUCAUCCACCGAACGGGAGUCUGUUCGAGACAGAGAGAUCGCCCGGAUCAUCUCGUGUCAUAUCCAAGAUCUGUUUCAUGUUCUUGACCUCGACCCGGCCGAUACACUGGAUUUGCAAACCCAGGUCAAAAAAGCGUUUCGCAAGAAGUCACUUCUCGUACAUCCAGACAAAACAGACCACAAGGACGCCCCCACAGCUUUCGAUAGACUUAAACGAGCACAAGCUUUUCUCUCUGAUGAUGGGGAGCAGCCAACGGCAAUCAGACAGAAACUUGUGGAUAUUUAUGCACAUAUUCGCCAGAAUCAUUCUGGGGAUAUAAGCGUUGUACGGAAAAAAGUGGCAGAGAUACUCGAGGAAGAUAAACGACUAGACAACAUUGAGCAGGAACAGCAGGAUGCACGUGACGCCCAGUUGCGAGAAGAGCAGGAGAACCGUAAGCAGGAGAUACUUUUGAAACGGGAAAUGGCCUCCAAGUGGGAAGACCUGCGAGAUUCCCGGGUGGCCAACUGGAGGCUGUUUGUGAACAAGGUCGACAAGAAGAAGAAGAAAAAGAAGAAGGUUUUGGCAUAA